AUGAUAACGCCUGCCACAGAAUCAUUGCCACCAGAUUGUCCCAAUAUAUCCGAACGAUCUAGCUGGAAUCCACGUCCGUAUAGAAGUCGUGAAAAUUUAAAAACAUUACCGGUUACACAUAUUGUGGUACUCAACCCGCUAGCUAAAAAUUCAAUUGUGAAUCAACAAGAUUGUAUUAAAGAAAUACAAGGAUUUCAAGAUUAUCAAAUGGAUAUCCUAGAUUUUAGUGAUAUUGCUUAUAAUUUUGUGCUGUGUAAUGAUAAUAAUGACCAACGACAAAUUUAUACAGGCAGAGGAUGGGAAUCUACUGGUGCACAUUGUAAAGGUUAUAAUACAAAAUCAUUGGGUACGAAUGAAUUCUUCUUUUAA